AUGGGAAAGCCACCAGCACCAGCAAGAGGCGGAAAGGGCGCAAGGGGAGGUGGAGCUAGUGGCGGUCGAGGCAGAGGACGAGGUGGUCGUGGUGGAGGUCGCAACCUGGCAGAUCGUUAUGCUUCGGCCUUCGACACCGACAAUUGGAGACCCGAUAGCGCUAUUGACGAGCCAAGACGCGGAGGUGCUAGAGGAGGCGAUUCUUCGUCCGAGCAAGACAGCUCAGAUGAUGCGGCCGACAGCGAGCAAGAGGAUUCCGAGACCGGGCCAUCUUCGAGAACAAGAGGCGCGGCGACUGCCUCGAGCGACGACGAAGAGCAAACCGGCUCCAGCGAGGCAGAUGACGACGACAGCGACUUCAACUCUGUCGAUGGAGGCAGCGAUGUUGAAUCAAUAGAUGUCCCGGUCGCCAUGUGGGACUUCAACCACUGCGAUCCCAAACGCUGUUCGGGCAAAAAGCUUUCGCGACUCGGCUUGAUCCAAGAGCUUCGAGUCGGUCAAAAGUUCCGCGGCAUCGUGCUCACUCCAAAUGCUACGCAGACACUCUCCCCCGCUGAUGCGCAUAUCAUAGCCGAGAACGGAGUUGCUGUGGUCGAGUGCAGCUGGGCGCGUCUCGACGAAGUGCCCUUUGGCAAACUCAAGAGUCCCAACGAGCGGCUGCUCCCACACAUGAUCGCCACCAAUCCAGUCAACUACGGCAAGCCUAUGAAGCUUAAUUGCGUCGAAGCGCUCGCUGCUGCUUUCUACGUGUGCUCGAUGCCGGCGCAGGGCAGGUUGCUGCUGUCCAAGUUCGGUUGGGGCGAGCAUUUCCCCAAGAUCAACGCUAGAUGGAUCCGCGCCUACCGUGGCUGUAAGGAUGCCCGCGAGGUGGUCGAGCUAAGCCGCAAGAUGGUCGAACAGGACCGACUCGAGAAGGAGGAGUUGAAGAAGCGAUUCGACGAGGCCGGCGGCAUCCAAGGCACUCUCGACCGCAUCGCUGACGAGGCGACUCACCGCGACGAUCAAGAUGACGACUUUGGCAGCCAGGACGAGCGCGAAGCAGAGUCAAGAGCACUGGAGCAAGACUUUUCCAAGAUUGUUCGCGUCACUGAUCCUUCUGCUGCCGCCUGA